AUGACAAUAUCAUCGUAUAGUGAAGACGAAGCUUGGAAUUUUUACGCUUGCAAAACUAUCUAUGAAGAGAUAAAGAAAGACAAGAAGCACCGCUAUGUUGUCUUCUUCAUCCUUGAUGAGAAACAGAUUGACGUGGAGACGAUAGGGGAGAGGAACGCGGAAUACGACCAGUUCUUGAAAGACCUGCAGAAGGGCGGCACUGGCGAGUGCAGAUAUGGUAUAUACGAUUUCGAGUACACGCAUCAAUGUGAGGGCUCGUCGGGGGCGAAUAAGAAACAGAAGCUUCUCCUCAUGUCAUGGUGCCCCGACACUGCCAUGGUCAAGAAGAAGAUGAAGACUCUAGCUCCUUCGACGCGCUGCAAAACUCGCUGUUCGGUGUACAGAAGUGCAUCCAAGCAACUGACCUCUCUGAGGCCUCGCAGGAAGCCGUUGAAGAGAAACUCCACGCCACCGACCGCCAAUAAGUCAAGCAUUUACCUAACGCUACCACCGAGCUGCGGACGUGACCCACGCGAGACACAUGACUCACGCGAGACACGUGACCUAAGCGACAUGUAUGACCAAAGUGUUAUUAAUGUAGUUUGUGGGAUUGUGUACCAAAAUUGUGAUCAAAAUAUGUGA